AUGGAAUGGGCAAGCGUGGACGAUGAAAACUAUUUGUAUUGUGGACUAGUCGAUUCGCGUAGAUUUUUCUUUUCCAUUCACUUUAUCAUUCUGUUCGUUUCAACAGAUAAAACCCGGAACAGUGAGGCCAUGUCGGAUCUGUUGAGUGGUAUUGCGAGUUUUACAAGAACAGUAGCCGAUUCGUUCAACACAUAUGAAAUCAGAAAACUUGGUGACAAAGUGCAGGGGAUAGUAAUGAACUAUACGGAAGCAGAAAGCAAGGUCCGAGAAGCAACAAACGAAGACCCAUGGGGACCAACAGGGCCUCAAAUGGCUGAAAUCGCGCAUAUGACAUAUCAAUAUGAUGCGUUUCCCGAAGUGAUGAGCAUGCUUUGGAAACGUAUGCUACAAGAUAAUAAGAAUGCUUGGAGACGAUCUUUAACACUGUUGCACUAUCUGUUAAAAAACGGUAGUGAGCGGGUGGUAAGCAAUACGCGCGAUCACUUAUUUGAGAUGCGUACGCUGGAGUCUUAUAAAUUUAUUGAUGAAAAGGGAAAAGAUCAGGGACUUAACGUACGACAUCGUGUUAGCGUUUUAUUCGAUUUAAUUCAAGAUGAUGAACAAUUAAAAACAGAGCGGAAAAAAGCAAAAUUGGAAGGCAAGGAGAAAUACAAAGGCUACUCGAAAGACGAUAUGCGUUUGUGUGGACAAAUUACUUUCAGCAGUAAUAAUACAGAAAAUUUUGGUAACUGGAGAAAUAGCAGUGAUAUUUCAAAGAGAAAUUCAUGUCAUGAAGAUGGAAGAGAUUCUUAUCAUCGCGAAGUUAACUCGUUCCAGUUUCCAGACGAAGAAAUUAUCCACGGUGAAGGUGAUAGUCCAGAACUAGGUAUACGGGAGCAUACACUGGAUCCGAUUGACCACGAGAUUGAAGAUGAUGAAGAAUUUGGUGAUUUUGCCUUAGCUCGUAAUCUUCAUUCGCAAUCUCAGAAAGUUUCCUUACCGUCAUUAAUAACAGCACAACCGUAUCCUAUUCAUAAGCCUUAUCAGCUACAUACUGUGGAUGUUCCAAUUCCUGCAGCAGCACUUCCUCCUCCUCCUCCUUCCCUUCCUUCUUUUGGUCCGAGUGCAAUAGCUACGCGAGUAAAGCAUCGCGAUAAUGGCAUUCUUCUGCAGAAUAAACCAGUUAGCGAUCUGCUUGGAUUAGAUGAAUUCAAUGAUAAUGGCAAUUCUAGCAAUUCCUCAACUUCAUUUUUCAAAGAUUCUUCAAAAACAACCACUUUACAGCUUUCCUCAUUAAUGAAAGCUAUGAACCAGUUGACCAGUACUCAACAACUCACUUCACAAUUGAGAUUUGACAGUUUAUCUUCCGAAUCAGUAUCAGAUGCUGCAUUUUCAAAUGCAAAUCAACAAGGUGUAUCUUCUGCUGCACGAUCUGUUGGAUUAGCCGAUUCUUUUACUGUGCCGUCAGUUGCAGCUCCUGUACAGGCAACGUUUCCAUCCCUGUUAAGUAGCAGUGCUGCCUUUUCCCCAUGUUGGGGUGACGUCUCUGCAGCUCAUGUCUCUUUGGCUAAUAGUACUGUGCAGUCAUCUCUUCAGAACACUGUUCUUUUGGCUGAAGCUACUCCACUAGUGCCUGUGCCUACGCAUUCCGUUUCCGUUAUUCCGUCACACGUAAAUGUGCCUUCUCUACAAGUCGAUCAGGAUUCAAAAUCAGCUGUGAAAAUUGCAUCGACAUGGGCAGAUGCAUCAAGCAAAGUUAAUAUUAAUUUGGAUGAUCUGGGUAUGAAAAAGAAACCGCAGAAGCAUUCUUUACCGAUGAACCAAAUGACUCCUUCUAUGUCUGUACCAGCAACAGAUAGAGACAUACUCGGGGCAUCAACUGUUUUCACCAAUGCUUCUCAGGAGCGAGUGUCUUCGGAUGAUAUGUUAGACUUACUAAAAUGA